AUGAGGAGGUGCUGGCAGGAAGAAAAUGUCCCUUCCAAAGUAGGAGAGGAGAAAGGUGGAGGUCUGAAAUCAGCGGCUAAUGGUAUCCUGGGCUGCAUUACAAAGCAUUGCCAACAGGCUGAGGGAGGUCAUCCUUCCCCUCUACUCAGCACUGGUGAGGCCACAGUUGGAGUGCUGUGUCCAGUUCUGGGCUACCUAGUCUCCCCAGAGAUGGACGUACUGGAGACAGUCCAACGAAGGGCCACUGAGACAAUGACGGGACUGGAGCACGUCUCCUACGGCACAAGGCUGAGAGAAGUGGGACUGUUCAGCCUGGAGAAGAGAAGGCUCAGGGGUGAUCUCAUCAGUGUGUACGAAUACCUGAAGGGAGAGUGUGAAGAAGAUGGAGCCAGGCUCUUUUCAGUUGUGCCCAGUGACAGGACAAGAGGCUGUGGGCACAAACAUAGGAGCUUCUGUUUGAACAUCAGGAAACACUUUUUCACUGUGAGGGUGACCGAGCACUGGCACAGGUCGCCCAGAGAAGUGGUGGAGUCUCCUUCUUUGGAGGUAUUCAAAAGCCAUCUGGACAUGGUCCUUUGCAACCAGCUCCAUGUGAUCCUGCUUGAGCAGGGGGAACGGCCAGCCCAGGAAGGGCUCCCCGCAGGCCCCCGGCAGGGCUUUGCUGGGGAGGUGCUGCGGCCGUGCCGCUUUGGCUUGACUUCCCAGCGGGGCCGGCUGCAACGCAAACCGGGCCGCUCCUUUGCUGUGGCACGUUUCCGUAACUAUGGCCGCAAGUUGCGCCAGGGGAGCCGGCCCGAGAGAAAAACGAGAAGCGCGGAGCCAGCACCCGAAAGGCGCCACUGGGUCGCACCCCGGCCAGACGGACAUCUUGCCUUGGCUGGGAGUCAGGACCGCUGCUGCGCUCCUACUCAGUACAAAAUUGUUCCCUACCCUGACUGGGAUGUAAGGAAAGUGGUUAUAUUUCAAGGGGGACUACG